AGGCUGCAUCACCGCCCUGCGGGGACCGCCCCUCCUGAGUGCUGAGUAGGUAGCAUCAUCACCUGCCUCCUUUACUGAAGCGACAACAACAACAGGCGGAAUUAUUCUCCUACGAAGCAUCAAGCUCCACAUUUUCCAGCAUAUAAAGGUUCACAAUUCGUGAGGCCAUUUCAUUUUGAUUCAUUUAACAGAGAUCUAGCAUUGGAACUACGUCACAAUGAGCACGAGUCUCCGGCCGUAUCUUCAAUGUGUUCGUUCGUCACUUUCGGCGGCGCUCGCUAUUUCCAAUUUCGCUAGCCAGACCUCGGAGAGGCACAAUGUGCCAGAGAUCGAAGCAGCAAGCUCUCCUGAGCUCUUGCUCAACCCAUUGGUCAUUUCUCGGAAUUCUGACGAACGCACCUUCAUUGAACCCUCGGUCAACUCCGUCCGCGUGUCCCUAAAGGUCAAACAAGCCGAUGAAAUUGAACAUAUCUUGGUGCAUAAAUUCGCGAGAUUCUUAACGCAGCGCGCGGAUGCGUUCCUGAUUCUCCGGAGGAAGCCGGUGGAGGGUUAUGAUAUCUCGUUCCUUAUCACGAACUUCCAUACCGAGGCUAUGCUGAAACACAAGAUUGUGGAUUUCGUGAUUGAGUUUAUGGAGGAAGUGGACAAGGAAAUCUCGGAGAUGAAGCUUUUCCUGAACGCCCGUGCCCGUUUCGUGGCUGAGUCGUUCUUGACACCGUUCGACUAAAUGUAUGCUUUAAUGCCACUCUUCUUGUUCUGAAUGAAUCAGAUUUCCUUUCCCAGGAGCAAUCAUUGUACAGGCGAUCUGGGCUGGUGCUGGGAAAUCGCUG